CGCUACUUUGAACCUGUAUUGUAGUGUUGGCUGUUUAACAAGCAAAAAUCUCUGCACGUAUCGUUUUUAUUAAGCUUGUGCAUGGAAAACUGUGUGCAGGACGUGGCGCAAUGGCGUUGUCAGUUCCGACAAAAGACCCUUUUUCUAACCUGCCGAAUGAGUUGAAGGUUCUCGUACUUCAACAUCUUUCAGCCAAAGACCUGUGUCACGUGGCAUUAUGUAAUCGAUCAUGGAGAGAAGCCACCAAUGACGAUGCUCUAUGGCGCCCUCUUUGCCGAGAGAAGCGAUGGGAGAAGUUUGAUGCAGUCGUUGAUCUUUGUAAAGAACCCCCGUUCAUACCUUCAUCAACUCAACAUGGCGGGGAUGGGGGCGUUGGGGACAGUGUCACCUUUGCCUUUGAUUCGGUUGUCACUGGUUCAAACUGGCCAGGGUUGGUGAAUACAUGCAGAUGGAAGGAGAUAUACAUGAAGGCACGACAUCUUGAAGGUAAUUGGAAGAACAAUCGGUAUCACGUUGUUUCGUUCGAGUUUGGCUCAGCUGGCUACAGUGGGUCCAUGUAUGAGAGCUCUGAACCUGAGUUGACAGUAUGCAGCCUUGCUGGUGAAGGGAAUAGUCUUGUCGGUGGUUUCUCGAAUGAUACUUUGCAUAUCUGGGAUACCACCUGCGGAACACGUCGACAUAUCAUCAAAGUGGGCAUCAGUAAAGGCAAACAAGCACUGAAAAUGAAGAAUGGCAUCAUAGCUGCAGGAUGCAUGGAUGGAGAGAUUCGUACCUACUGCGCCCAGACUGGAGAGCAGCUGCAAGUCAUGUCGGGGCAUCGUUUGGAGGUGUUUCGUCUCUUCUUCGAUGGUGACACUAUCGUGAGUAUUGCAGGGGAGUCAAACAUGGAUAGGGAGGUAUGUGUUGACAGUGAUAUACGGGUCUGGAAUGCCAUAGAAGGUUCAUCUCGUUUCGUCUUUGAGAGCACCUCCGAUGAUGUCCAACUUGUUUACGUGGACUAUCUUGACAAGACAGUUGCAGGUGCUUACAGCGACCGUAAGAUUCGCUUAUGGGAUGCACAGAGUGGUGUCUGUAAGCAGACAAUUGUCAGUGAUGCCAAUGACAUGAUUUCCUGUCACCUUGGGGACGGCAUCGUGAUUAGUGCCAAUUGGGGACACGUCAUGGAAAUAUGGAAUGUUGAAUCCGGGGAGUGCAUCAGACACUUUGACGUGCCUGGUGUGGACUUUGAGGAUUACGACCGAGAUGAUAAAUCUUGCUCAAUUGAGUUCAACGGCGAAUUCCUCCUCGCCACAUCGGAUUCCUCAAACGUCAGAUUGUUCAGGCUCGACGGCAAAUUCAUUGGCGACAUCAAAACGGCGUACCCUCGUGAAUAUUACUAUCUCUGCAUCCGUUGUGUCCUUUGCAAUAAGUUUAUUGCGUCUGAUGAGGUUUCCGGAGGCUUGAUGUACCUGUGGAGCAUCGACAACCUUGAUGGUUUACAGAUGAUCAAACGAUUGAGAGAGUGCAUGUAUGACGAUCAGGCUCCUGUUGACUAUUCAGCAGCGUGGAUGAACGAGACAAAACUUGCAUUCGUUUAUUAUUUUGGAUUGUAUGAUAACAAAGUACCAAAGAUCGUUGUUCACCAUUAUUGGUGAAGCGUUACACGUGAAGGAUAGUCACUUUAGGGACUAUAGGGCCAUGUACACAAUAGACAAAGACACUACAAAGACACUAUCCACCAGUUUAGUGACGUAAUAGCCGAACGCUUCCUCUUGUCAUUCCCUUGAUCAUCAUAGAAGACAAUGUCGCUGGCCGGAUUGGUUCAUGCAUUCUAGAAAUGAACAGCGCCCACAAAGCGUAAUUUUGAGAAAGUCAAUCCAAAUGUAUGUGUUCCACGCAUUGUGCUGCCUCCCUUCAAUGCUCCCGUCUGCGCAUGCGCGCGCGCCUAAUUGUCGGAUUUAAGUUGAAGUGGUAUAUGUUCGGAAAAUGUACUGGCUACGCUAAUAUAUAAGUUAAGUUAGCGGGUUUCGUAAAAUGUGUGUGUUAAUAGUUACAAAUUUGUAAACUCCAUGGUUUUAAGGAACAUUCAAUUCACCCAAUAUUAUUUUAAUUUGUUAUUUCCUGAUAGAAUAUGGAGCAGGCGUAUGAUGUCAUCAGACCUAGAGAGAUGCACAGCAUGACCUCACUGAGAUCAAAUCUUGCAUUUACGUUUAUUGUGGGAAAAACGGCUGUGCAUACCCUCUAUGCGAAACGUUUGUUCGUCUGUGGUUAUAAUAAGCCUUUUCGGAGUUCCAACUGCGCGCAUUCGUAACCUGUGACAACGCACAUUGUUUGUC